UUCUACUCUCAGCGCAGACUUAGAACAGAGACACAAUGGCGAUGGAGAAGUCACAAGCAUCAUCCAUUUUCUACGGGUUAGGGCAUGAACUUCCGAAUAUUUCUGAAAAUUAGGGUUUCAAUUUUUCAGAAAACGGCCAGAUGAUACCAGGGAUAUUGGAUCAGGAAGCCAAAGGGCAUUCCUAAUGUGACAAUCAGUUGGGAGCUUCAUAUUCAGGUCAGGUAUGCUUCUUGUUUUUUCUCUUAUUCUCGCUCUAAUUCCUUCUGUUGCUUGAUGUAAUUAUUGUGUUGCUUGAUGUAAUUGUCAGGGUCAUUGCUUCUGAUUUACGUACCUACAUUUUCUAUUUAUUGAUAAUGACUUUUGGAUGAUGAUAAACCAAUUAUCACAGCCAUCUUAUCGAGCAAUAUUUAUGCGUUGCAAGCUUGAAAUCCCAUAACCCGGAACAUAGUUGAUCAUGAUCAGUGUUGCUUCAGUAAUUGGCCAAUUUUGAGUUUGGAAGGGCCACUAUUUCCGCAGUUUGUUCUUUCACGGUGUACUCGAUCUACUAAAAUUCCAUCAAGAUGUUGAAGCAACAAGGGAACUAUGAAGGAUUUUGCCUGGUUCAGAAAAAAUUUAUGCCAAAAUAUAAGUCACAGUAAGAAAUUAAGAUUGCAACGCACUCACUCUAACAGCAAAGUUUGCAACUUUCAUCAAAUUUUGAGGGGAUUUGAUUCAAAAGUUUUGGACUUUGGAGUAUUUCUGUAUGACGAGUCAAGAUCUCAAGAAUUGAUUGAGCGCAAGAUACAUAAUUCUCCUCCUGAACAAGGAACUGUAAAGGUGCUCACGCUUGAAGAGUGGGAGGAAAUUCGAGAAGUGAGGCCUGUGACACCUUUUGGGUCAAAGCUUGCUCGAUCUAAUGCACGAAUAAGAAUAGGAGGCGUAGUAAAAAAAAAGAUAAGGGGUGUAGAUAGGGUGUAGUAGAGGCUGGUCUUCCACCAGACUUUAUAAUGUAUUUGAAGAUGUGGCAUCAAGUGUUGCACGUUCAAACAUGGAUGAGAUGACAAAGGACCAUGCAAAAGCUUCCAUCGUUCAAAUAUGGUAAAGAAGAUUAACCAGUAAUUGAGAAACUUACUCAUGAAACAACAAAUUUGAUAAGGAGGUUAGAGAAGAGAUUGCAUAAACGUUCGGCUGCUGGACCUUCGUAGGACACAAUUGUCAGGAAAAAUGGGUAUAAUUUUAUUUUUUAGUGUUUGGACUUGUGAUUAAGUCUUGUGCUACAGUGUUCUAACAAGGCAAACACUCGAGAGUCGAGAAGCCCCGCCGACACUAAAGAAAAUCAAACCAUGCUGGACUUGGAAAAACUUGCUCUUUUAUAUUGAAUUUCAUUGCUAUGUAUCUACUUGAUAUAUGUUGUUGAUUGAACGCCAUGUUGUCUCAUAUAAGCACUUGCUGCAAUAAAGAAUCUUCUACAGCUUAGAACGAUAGAUGCUUCGGCUUUAAAAGACUUUUGUACUUUGGAUAAGGCAUUUGAAAGAGCGAGGCUACAAGCCUACAACAGCAACAACAACAUCAGUUAACGGAGGGUUGACAUGAAAACAACGCAACAGUUAGUGCAUGAGGAUUAACAUGAAUCACUAGCAUCCCUUUGCAGCAGUUACACCACUCCCUUUUUGUUUUGCUAAUUCGUACCAUCUUUUUUUUUCGUAUGGAAAUUGUAUCUCUAAAACAUCAUUUGUGUAAAUAU